AUGUCAACAAUACUUUACAAUGCUAAUUCGAGCUUGGUUCCAAGGUUCCAGCGGAAAGUUAAGCUGAAAAACGAUCCAAUUGCAGCCCAAGUUGGGGGUGCGAGUUUUGAGUCUAGUCAUGCCAAAAAUUCUCCCGAAUACCUCCGGGAACUUGCCCAGUCUGUUUACCCAGAUCCACUUCGAUCUAGAAUUACACAGAUGGAUUACCAUAGGCUCACUGUCCAUGCCUUUUUCGCGCUUGUUUUCAAAAAUUUUGUAAGCUCUUGGUUCGGUCCCAAGAUACCUUCGACAAACCAAGACUUUCUCACCGACCUUUUUUCAGCUGUCGACCAGCUGAUAGACCAUUUCGAAAAUCAUUCUUUCGAUUGGGAACGGCUAGUCCUUGACGAUAUACCGUUCGUCAUAAUACGGCAUUUCCAAGUUUUUAAGGAAGGUAGCAACAGCUUUGCCCGGGAUCCGGCAUUUUUAAACGCUUCCUCUUUCAUUUGCUCUCUCGCUAACAGUGAGUCCAAAUUAGAGGCCACUUUACUGAAAUCUCUGUAUGAGAACUUGAUUUGUGGUAAAAUCCUUAACAGCAUUGCGAAUCCUGACUUGGUGCUUGAAGUCUUAAACAAAUUAUUAACCUCUGUUAACCAGAGGUCUCAAUCAAGUCCUGUGAAUGUGAAGAGAAAAACUGGCGACUUGAAACUGAUGUUUUCUUCCCUUUUUCAAGGUCAAUCUCCUCGUCAAUUACAAAGACCGUUCGCUUAUCGUUACCUUUUUACAUGUUUAAAGAAAAUGACUAGCUUCGAGCGACGCAGACCACUGUUAUACUGCAUCUGCAAAUAUGGGCAGCAAAUUGCCAUUAAAUUACCCGUGGUUGACAGAAUAAUGUACCGCUUAUUCCGGGAAAACAUUGUCGACAGAGUGUCUACUCGCUCGAGGGCUUCACUGAUAUUUAACAAACUCCGACAGCUUGUGUUUCCUACAGAUAUAUGCAUGGGACCUCCCAGGGUGGCUUUGAAUGAAGCGCAGAGACAGGCCCUUCGGCUUGAAUGCCAACAGAAUCUUCAUAAGUUGGUAAGCCAAUACCGAAUCGAUCUAUUUUUAGGCCUUACCGACAAGGACCUUCACGACUUUGUGGCUCUUUUAAGCAUGGAUCAGAGGUCGAACCGCGACUUGAUGCAAAGGAUUUUGACGUGCGUAGUGGCACAUUCAUGCUAA